CCCGGCGGUCGCUUAAAGGCUCCAGCAACCACAGCCGUCGGGUCGCGGAGGCUUUCGCUUUGCCGCCGCGUCUGGGCGGUAGGAGGAGCGGACUGGGCAGCAGGCUUUCGGGACUGCAGGCUUCGGCGGCGCCGAGGGGCGCUCCUAGUGCAGCCUUCCCGGCUCGGGGCUUUCCUGCCGAGGCGCCCGUGUCCCCGGGCUUCUCGCCUCGGCCCCCAGCGGCCCCGAUGCCGAGGCAUGGAUAGAGCGGCGUUGCGCGCGGCAGCAAUGGGCGAGAAGAAGGAGGGCGGCGGCGGGGGCGCCGAGGCGGACGGGGGCGCAGGGGCCGCCGCCAGUCGGGCGCUGCAGCAAUGCGGCCAGCUGCAGAAGCUCAUCGAUAUCUCCAUCGGCAGUCUGCGCGGUCUGCGCACCAAGUGCUCAGUGUCCAAUGACCUCACACAGCAAGAGAUCCGGACCCUAGAGGCAAAGCUGGUGCGGUACAUCUGUAAGCAGCGGCAGAGCAAGCUGAGCGUGAGCCCGAGCCACAGGACCGCCGAGCUCAACAGCUACCCGCGCUUCAGUGACUGGCUGUACAUCUUCAACGUGAGGCCUGAGGUGGUGCAGGAAAUCCCCCAAGAGCUCACACUGGAUGCCCUGCUGGAGAUGGACGAGGCCAAAGCUAGGGAGAUGCUGCGGCGCUGGGGGGCCAGCGCUGAGGAGUGCAGCCGUCUACAGCAAGCCCUCACCUGCCUCCGGAAGGUGACUGGCCUGGGAGGGGAGCACAAAGAGGACUCUGGUUGGAGUUCGGCAGAUGCACGAGAAAGUAACCCUGGGCCUUCAGUGGACAUGCUUUCGUCGCUGGGCAGAGUGGGUGCCAGCGCUCCGGGGCCCCGGUCCAUCUCCGUGUCUGCCCUGCCUGCCUCAGACUCUCCAGUGCCCGGCCUCAGUGAGGGCCUCUCGGACACCUGUAUCCCCCUACACGCCAGCGGCCGGCUGACCCCCCGGGCCCUGCACAGCUUCAUCACGCCCCCUACCACACCCCAGCUACGACGGCACGCCAAGCUGAAGCCGCCAAGGACACCCCCACCGCCGAGCCGUAAGGUCUUCCAGCUGCUCCCCAACUUCCCCACCCUCACACGGAGCAAGUCCCACGAGUCCCAGCUGGGAAACCGAAUCGACGACGUCGCCCCGAUGAAGUUUGACCUCCCUCAUGGAUCCCCACAGCUGGUACGAAGGGAUAUCGGGCUCCCGGUGACACACAGGUUCUCCACGAAGUCAUGGCUGUCACAAGUGUGCAACGUGUGUCAGAAGAGCAUGAUGUUCGGCGUGAAGUGCAAACACUGCAGGUUAAAAUGUCAUAACAAGUGCACAAAGGAAGCUCCCGCCUGCAGAAUAUCCUUCCUCCCACUAGCCAGGCUUCGGAGGACCGAGUCUGUCCCCUCAGAUAUCAACAACCCAGUGGACAGAGCAGCAGAGCCCCAUUUUGGAACCCUUCCCAAGGCUUUGACAAAGAAGGAACACCCUCCAGCCAUGAACCUGGACUCUAGCAGCAACCCAUCCUCCACCACGUCUUCCACACCCUCAUCACCAGCGCCUUUCCUGACCUCAUCUAAUCCCUCCAGUGCCACCACGCCCCCCAACCCAUCACCUGGCCAGCGGGACAGCAGGUUCAGCUUCCCAGCUGCCUACUUCAUUCAUCAUAGACAGCAGUUUAUCUUCCCAGACAUUUCAGCCUGUCCUCAGGCAGCCCCGCCACCGUCCAGCACAGCCGACAGUCCACGGCUCGACGACCAACCCAAAACAGAUGUGCUGGCUGUCCACGAAGCAGAGGCGGAGGAGCCUGAGGCUGGCAAGUCGGAGGCAGAGGACGAUGAGGACGAGUUGGAUGAGCUCCCCAGCUCCCGCCGGCCCUGGCGGGGUCCCAUCUCGCGCAAAGCCAGCCAGACCAGCGUGUACCUGCAGGAGUGGGACAUCCCCUUUGAACAGGUGGAACUGGGCGAGCCCAUUGGGCAGGGCCGCUGGGGCAGGGUGCACCGAGGGCGCUGGCAUGGCGAGGUGGCCAUUCGGCUGCUCGAGAUGGACGGCCACAACCAGGACCACCUGAAGCUCUUCAAGAAAGAGGUGAUGAACUACCGGCAGACCCGGCACGAGAACGUGGUGCUCUUCAUGGGGGCCUGCAUGAACCCGCCUCACCUGGCCAUUAUCACCAGCUUCUGCAAGGGGCGGACAUUGCACUCAUUCGUGAGGGACCCCAAGACGUCUCUGGACAUCAACAAGACGAGGCAGAUCGCCCAGGAGAUCAUCAAGGGCAUGGGGUAUCUUCAUGCAAAAGGCAUCGUGCACAAGGACCUCAAGUCCAAGAAUGUCUUCUAUGACAACGGCAAAGUGGUCAUCACAGACUUCGGGCUGUUUGGGAUCUCGGGUGUGGUCCGAGAGGAACGGCGCGAGAACCAGCUGAAACUGUCACAUGACUGGCUGUGCUACCUGGCCCCCGAGAUUGUCCGAGAAAUGAUACCUGGGCGGGACGAGGACCAGCUGCCCUUCUCCAAAGCUGCCGACGUCUAUGCGUUUGGGACUGUGUGGUAUGAACUGCAGGCAAGAGACUGGCCCUUUAAGCACCAGCCUGCCGAGGCCUUGAUCUGGCAGAUUGGAAGUGGGGAAGGAGUAAGGCGUGUCCUGGCAUCCGUCAGCCUGGGGAAGGAAGUUGGCGAGAUCCUAUCUGCCUGCUGGGCUUUCGAUCUGCAGGAGCGGCCCAGCUUCAGCCUGCUGAUGGACAUGCUGGAGAAGCUGCCCAAGCUGAACCGGCGCCUCUCCCACCCUGGGCACUUUUGGAAGUCGGCUGACCGCUGGCGGAGCCGCUACUACGGGAAAGGACGCUAUGGUCAUCCUGACUUUAAGAGCUCCUGUCCAGUCCUGGAGGAAUACAUUAACAGCAGCAAAGUCAUGCCCCGCUUUGAGAGGUUUGGCCUGGGGACCCUGGAGUCCAGUAAUCCAAAGAUGUAGCCAGCCAUGCACGUUCUCGCAGAGGGCGUCUCCUUUCCGAAACACGAUUACGAAACAUGCAAACCACCACCGCCUCGAGGAAUCGGAAGCAUUGCAUCCCAGGCUGCAGACUGGGCGCGUGACGCCUCCAUGAGGGACACACAUUGCCAAGGUGUGUGCCGCUCAGGAUCACAGCCAUACACACACUCCAGAUGAUACCACUACAACCGGCGUUUACACGGAGGUCUCUGCCUGGCAAGCUUGAUGUUUUACAGUAGGUAAAGAUAAUUCUGCAGAAGGGUGCUGGCACUGUGGAGCAGCAGGAAUGCCCCCCACCCCCUUUCUGGAAGGCCCUGCAGCAGCGAGGGGCCCAGGGUUGAGACAGACGGAAGGAGAGUCGCAUGGAGGUGGUUGUACUGGGAGAAGGGCACGUGGCAGGAGGUUUACCUUGGGCUGUGUGUGUGUGGGCCCUGGAUCACACUAAGCAGCCUUGGUUAGGAAUCUCUCUGGAUUACAGGGGUCAGAGUUCCUGGAGAGUUGGAUUCAGUUUCUGCUCUGUUCCGGGUUUAUUAUGCUUUAAAAACGAAAAACAGUGCAGGCCGAUUGUGGCUUCUAGACUGAUCUGGUGGAUCUUAGCCCGGCUUCUACUGCAGCGGGGAGGGAAUAGCUACUCAUCUCUGGAGAUGUCCACUUCUUACCUGAGGCCUUCAGGUAGGCACGAAGGCUGUGGGACUCAGCCCCUAUCAUCAGACACCCCCCCCCCAGUGCCUCAUUCACCCCUUCCCCAAGCGAAGGGCCAGCCCAUGGGGUGUGUAUACAGUGAAUUCUUGGCUAAGGAGGACAGGGAAGGUGGCAGCUACAGCCUACAGUGGCCCUUUGUCACACCAGAAGGUUCUAGAUCUCCCACCACUUCCCCAUCACAUGGAAACCAUGUGCUCUGAACUCGGAUGGGGGCAUGAGACCGUCCAGGCACAUCAGUUAGGUAAGCUCUGAUUCGAGCCUCAGGCCUCUGUUCAUUCCUAUGAGCAGGGGGUGCUGGAUAGGGUAAGUCAGAUGUGCUCCCCAGAUGUGCUCCCGAGCAGGGUGCUCCUUGAGCAGAGGGUAGGUGGCGUCAGACUCCACAACCAGAGGAGAUAAGAAAUGGGGUGGAGCUGAGUUGUGCUUGGAUCCAGACUGCCGUGCAGUGGCCAUGCGGCUCCCUCUCAGUUAAACAAACUCCCAGUGAAACCGCAGUGCUCGGGGCUUUCGAUAGCACCCAAGUCUGGUCCAGGUGUCUCUUAAAACAGGCCACUCUCUGAGAAGUUGUGGGGGCUCCCCCAGCCCCAGCCCCCAGCACAGCUGUUCAUGCUACAGGAGAACCGAACGGUAGCAUCUUGACCCUGCCUCAGUGUGGGAAGGAAGAGCCAUGAGCCUCUCUGCUCAGCUCUGCAUGGGCCGUCUAGUCAUUUCCUACCCCUUCAGAGUUCCACAUUAGCCCUUGACGGGACCUCCCUGCUCCAAAAACCACAGUGUGUCCCCACUGCCUCCACCUUCCCAGUCUCAUGCCUGCACCUUCCCAGAGGCCGCGGUGCCUGAGGCCCUGGCCGUCUCCCACUUCGUGAGUGUUGUGAUGUCCCCUCACCUGUGACACUAAAUCACAGCGGGUGGCACACAGUCCAUCGACUGGAGCCUGGGUCGUGCUUUGUGCUGUGAACAUUGCAGUUCAGAAAGCUUUGAGCCCUGCAUUGAAUGUGGUCUUGUGCAUGUGCUGGGGGCCAGAUAGGAAUAGUCGUGGUCCCUGGCUUAAGGAGCUGGCCAUCUUCUGGGGGCCAGUAUGCUGGGGGCCGACAUCUGCCGAGGGUGGAGCUGUAUGUACUGCACCCUCCUCCUUGCCCUCCAAGUCCUGCCUCUUCUGCCCUUCAUGUAAGAAAGUUCCCCACCAUGGUCCCCACUUCCUUUUCUACUUAAGUGACUGUGAAUUGAAAUUAGGACAGCUCACCUCCUGUGUACCCUCCUUGUCUCCUGGGAAACACAUGAAGGAUGACGGAUACUGUGAAUUCAGCCCCCAUAGCCACUGUGAAGGCGAUGAAAGGCUCAAGCCGUGGAAAACCUGCACACCUAAAGUGUGGGGCCCUUUUCCGGGCACCCUGAGUUCCCAGCCUCACCCCUAGGGAGGCCUUUUACCUGUCAGAGUGGCAAGUAGUGAAUCCAGGCUCGUGCUGGGCUGCUCUGAUGCUCCCAAUCAAAGCCCUCUGCCAUUGUCUUUCUGUGGUCCAGGGAGUAGCAAGCCUGUGUUGCUCUGUGGUGACGGGUGGGGCAGGACAGCCACGCUGUGCUGCAGCGCUGGCCAGGAUGUCAUCUGUAUGUACACCUAGCGUCUUCCUAUGGCCACGAGGCAGACAUUUAUUAGCUUAUUUUGAAUGUGAUGUAAAAUUUGUACAGUAAAAGUUUUUAUAUUUUCUAUCAAUUGCAUUUGUCUUCCAGAAAUGCUUUAAUUUAAAUUAAAAUGGUUAGUCUUAAUGAAUGUAUCAUACUGGGGUUGUUGCCACUGCUAAGAAUGAAUGUACCCUGUGGCCGAGCCAGGCCUAGGGGUCUGGAGUUUGUGAAUAAAGUUUACCAAGGUA